AUGUCCAAGCCCGUCACUUUUAUCCAAGCCCCUGCGCUCAGCUCAGCUCCGCCAGGGAACAGCGGCGAUAGCGGACAUUCUCACUCGCACGAUCAUGCCCAUGCUCACGACCACGAUCACGCUCACAACCACGCCCACGACCAUGGAGCACAAGAACACGGUCACACACAUGAAGUGAUGGAACACCCGGGUCAGUGCUUCGAACAGAAAUGGUCGAGGAAGGCGCUCCCUCGGCUCGUAGACGAGCGGCAUCGGAUGAACUGACCUGAACUCGAUCGUGGGAUCCGCGGGAAACAGGCAAAUUCGCCGAGAGGGACCUUCCCGACUACAGUGGCCGUGUUUGGAAAGAACGAGGGUUCACCAUUGGUAUUGGAGGGUCAGUGCUUCGUCCUCGCAGAGAGCCUCGUUUAUCGGGCGGCGGCACGGGCCACGACGCCGAUGGAAGAUACAGAGCUCAUGUCAUUCUUCAAUCCCCGGAACAGCCCUGUUGGGUCAGGCAAGACGGCUUUGACGUUGGCGCUGUGCAGGAUCUUCCGGGAUACGCACAACAUCGGUGAGAUCUCAACAUCGUGCCGCCCUCCAAUGUGGGGGUCGGGCCACGACCCGCGGAUCUAAUAUCGCCAAGGUCCGAGACUGACAGAGAGUGGACGCGCCCUUGUUCCCCGUCUGUACAACAGCUGUCGUUACGAACGACAUCUUCACUAAGGAGGAUCAAGAGUUUUUGAUCCGAAACGAAGCAUUGGCAGACAAGGGCAGGAUCAGGGCCAUCGAGACGGGUACGUACGGGCAUUCAGAGGGGCUCACGCGCUGAAGCUGUGCGAGUUUGCGCUUGUUUGGAUCUGACCCAAGUUUUCCUGUGUUCGGGUGGGUGCAGGUGGCUGCCCUCAUGCCGCCAUUCGGUAAGUCUUGGGGCUCGUUGCCCUGGUCCCAGAGUCAAGGAUGGGCAACUUUACUGACCGCCGGCUCGUUGAACGUCCUUCUUCCCAGUGAAGACAUCAGUGCCAACAUUGGUGCGCUCGAAGGGCUCCAAGCCGACUAUGGGUGUGACAUGCUCGUGAGUCAGACCUAUACCCGAUUGUAGCAUGGCUCGACCCUCCUGAACCCGGUUUGAAAAAUCUUUGCUACGAUGACCAGUUCGUUGAGUCUGGUGGUGACAACUUGGCAGGUGAGUUCCAUGCAGGCUUCAGUAUUAGAAUCCUCAAUUUUUUGAUUGAUCUUCAUUGACUUCGUUGCAUAGCCAACUACUCUCGCGAACUGGCCGAUUACGUGAGUCACCUUGCGUAGAGAUUUCGUCCUGGCGGUUCAGUUGAUUCCGAGCCUUCUUCCUUGACGACCAUUUGCAACAGAUCAUCUACGUGGUGCGUCAAAGACUUCUGCUUGAUCGCUCAAUGCACGGGCUCAUCGCUCUCCUCCGGUUCUUUGUAUCUAGAUCGAUGUCUCGGGAGGUGACAAGAUCCCUCGGAAGGGGGGACCAGGCAUCUCUCAGGUGAGUGAUGGUCUCGAGGCCCCGGCCAUUCAAGCUCUUGGCUGAUAGACCGAUUACUUUGUGUCGUCUACAGAGUGACUUGCUCGUCGUCAACAAGGUACGUUCCAUGAUUCUCAUAUUCAAGCUUUUCACUGACCCUGACUUUCGCUGAACCCAGAUCGACCUCGCGCCGUAUGUCGGAGCCUCGCUGGAAGUGAUGAAGAGGGACGCCGACAAGAUGCGUGACCACGGACCGACCUUGUUUACGAGUGUCAAGCUGGGGCAAGGUGUCGAUGGUGUGGUCGAGUUGAUCAAAGGAGCUUGGAAGGCUGCCACAGGGGGCCACAGUGCAUGA